GUUUGUCGUCUCUUCGACCAACGCGAGAUCGCAGUUGCUAUGAGAAACGAUUAUAGCUUUGAGUCAAUCCAAAAUAAAUUAGAUCUAUAUACUGGAGUUAAGAUCUGGAUUCAGAAACGUGUAAAAGACUUGAAUUUCAAACACCAAAAUGGAGAUAGUUUAUGUGUAUACCAAGAAAAGGUCAGAGUUUGGCAGGCAGUGCAAUUUCUCUGACAGAGCUGCUGAACUUCACGUGGAUAUUCCUCCAGAUGACAAUGUGUUGGAAGACUUUAUUGAGCGUAAUCCAGUGGAUAUCGGUAUACAAUGUGUUCAAGAAAUGUCUGAGCAUGAUGCAAACACAGAAAGAUUUGAAACAAAUGUGCGAGGUAUCAACCAUACUGAAGGAGGUUGGCCUAAAGAUGUGAAUCCUAAUGAGCUAGAACAAGUCACACGUUACAGAAAAAAAGUCGAAAAGGAUGAGGUUUACAUUAGUGCUGUACUUCAGCUGGGCAAUUCCAUGGAGCACUGCAUCAAACAGAACAAUGCAGUUGACAUCUAUGAAGAAUACUUUGAAAAUGUUGAUGCAGAAAUUAUAGAUGAAGCAGCUACUGCCAAAACUAUCAAUGUUUUUAGAGAUCCAAAUGAUAUAAAACGAACAGCCACGCAUAUUUCAUGGUAUCCAGAUGGACCCCGCAAGCUUGCAGUGGCUUAUUGUAACCUAGUAUUCCAAAGCACAUCUCCAGAGACAAGUAUGGAGUCAUAUAUCUGGGAUGUGGAAAAUCCCAACAAGCCAGAAAUGACAAUUAAGCCAGUAUCUCCUCUGACAUGCUUGGAGUACAAUCCUAAAGAUGCUCAUAUAUUACUAGGGGGAUGUUACAAUGGUCAAAUAGCUUACUGGGACACAAGGAAAGGUUCUCAGCCUGUGGAACUGACACCCAUUGAACAAUCACACAGAGACCCUGCCUACAAAACAAUAUGGAUUCAGUCUAAAACAGGCACAGAAUGUUUCUCCACAUCCACAGAUGGUCAAGUACUUUGGUGGGACAUUAGGAAAAUGGGAGAGCCUACAGAUAAAAUGUAUUUAGACAAAAAGCAAGAAUUUCACAAUGCACAGGGUGCUUACUGUUUAGAAUAUGAACCAACAAUGCCCACAAAGUUUAUGGCAGGAACAGAACAAGGCAAUAUUAUAUCAUGUAACAGAAAAGCUAAAACUCCCUUAGAUAAAAUAGCAGCAGUUUUCACAGGUCAUAUAGGUCCAGUGUAUGCAUUACAAAGAAAUCCUCAAUUUACCAAAAACUUCCUCAGUGUUGGAGACUGGUGUGCAAGGAUUUGGUCAGAAGAUAUUAGAGAAUCAUCUAUUAUGUGGACCAAGCAGUAUUCAUCAUACCUCACAGAUGGCUGUUGGAGUCCAAUCAGGCCAGCAGUGUUCUUCAUAACUAAAAUGGAUGGUACACUGGAUGUUUGGGAUAUCAUUUUUAAACAGAACAAUCCUACUCUCACACUUCAGGUAUGUGACUGCCCAUUAUACAGUUUGAGAGUACAAGAGUCCGGGAAAUUGAUAGCAACAGGUUCACAAGAUGGCACCACAACGUUAUUAGAACUUUCAGAAGGACUGUACACUAUGGGACGCAAUGAGAAAAAUUUGGUCACAAAUAUGUUUGAAAGAGAAACAAGACGAGAAAAGAUUUUGGAUACAAGACAUAAAGAAAUCAGACUUAAGGAAAGAACAAAGGAAGGAAAGGAUGAGAAAAAAGAUGAUAAGAAACAUGAAACUCAUGAAACUCACAAGACUGAAGGUGAAGAGGGAGGAGAGAAACCAAAAGAGGAAGUGGUGGAGGAUGAAGAAAACUUGUACACAAAAGCAGAGAAAGAAUUCUUUGAUAUUAUAUCAAGUGAAAAGAAAAAACAGCCAACACCAAACAAUGAUUUCAGCGAGGUAGAGAAGAAGGAUUGGUUAGAUGAACAACUCAAAAUUACUCUUGAUAUCCCUGAGAGUGUGGAUGAUUCACUGGCAGAUGCCACUGAAGUACAACACUCAUCUAUUGUGGAAGAUGACGAGAACAGCAAAGUAGAGACUGUUCCUGUAGAGGAUGAAACCCCUGAUGAACAUGACUAGCAAGGAGAAUGAUAUUAACUCAAGUGAUGCAAAUGAUGAAUCAGAAAAGAAAGACUAAACCUACAGUCUCAAGAAAAAGAAAAUAUUUAGGAGGAAUAAAAUUAGCAUUUUAAUUUUAUUUAAAAUUCUGAAACAAAAAUUUCCAACAUUAAUCACAAAGA